CGGCGCUGCCGAACGAUGUGCCGGAAGUCCGGUCCCCAUCGGCCAAUCAGAGAGCGGCACCGGCGGAAAUGCGUCAUGACGCUCAGCACACGGAAGUACUUCGCGCACCGGAAGCGGCGGCGGAAUGGAGAUGGCGGUGUGGGGGUGCUGAGUGCAGCCGUUAUGGCGGAGCUGGCAGCGGCGGAGGGGCCGCCGCGGGGCCGUACACCUAGCCCGGGCCCUGGGGGGGUGCCGGGGCCGCCCAGUCCCCGCUCGGCUGCGCCGGGGUUCUCCGGCACUACGCUGAGCCCGGGUCCCGCCGGUGCGGCCCGGCCGCCCUCCGCCUCGAAAUGGGUGCGGCUGAACGUGGGUGGAACGUACUUCGUGAGCACCCGACAGACGCUGUGUCGGGAACCCAAGUCCUUCUUGUGCCGCCUGUGCUGCCAGGACGGGCCCGAGCUCGGCUCCGACAAGGAUGAGACAGGGGCGUAUCUCAUCGAUAGAGAUCCCACAUAUUUUGGUCCAAUACUGAACUACCUCCGACAUGGGAAGCUUAUCAUAAACAAGGAGCUCGCAGAAGAAGGGGUACUGGAAGAAGCUGAGUUUUACAAUAUUGCAUCACUUGUGCGGCUGGUGAAGGAGCGGAUACGGGAUAAUGAGAACAGAACCUCUCAAGGGCCUGUGAAGCAUGUAUACAGAGUCCUGCAGUGCCAAGAGGAAGAGCUCACACAGAUGGUGUCCACUAUGUCUGAUGGGUGGAAAUUUGAACAGCUAAUCAGCAUUGGAUCUUCAUAUAACUACGGAAAUGAAGACCAGGCAGAAUUCCUCUGUGUUGUGUCCAGGGAACUCAACAAUUCUACCAAUGGCAUUGUCAAAGAGCCCAGCGAGAAGGCAAAGAUUCUUCAAGAGCGAGGAUCCCGGAUGUAAUUCAAGCGUCCACUCCUCUAGAGCUCCCAGAUGUCAAAAGGGCAAUCUAGCUGGGCAGAGUAUCUCUCCACAGUGCAAACUUGCCCCUAUACAGUAACCAAGCUAGCGCAAAGCUGAGCCUGUCCUGCCAAUUAUGAGUAAUUCUAGUCAUAACCAAAGGCUUUCCUCCUAUUCUGGAGACCAAGAAAGGAGAAAACUCUUCCAGUUGGAUAGUCCUUUCCACAAGUGGUUUUUUUUUUUUCUGGCCAGUGCUGUGUUGAAUUUUUCCAACAGCAGCUGCUCUGGAUUCCCAGUUGGAUCCUUUGCAAAGGUUGCUCAGGUCCACGCACCCUUGUGGUCAGUCCUACCUUGCACAAGCUGCCAUGGGUGGGAAGAUCUGUUUGACCUGUCCACUUCUUGCACCUAGGUCUACAACCACCAGAAUAGUGUAGAGACCUUGCAGUGCUCCCUCCUGAUUAGCCAGUCCCCUACAGAUCAGAACAGGGCUUUAAAAGGAGGAACAAAGAAACUACUUGUUAAAAGAAAAACAAAACUUUUUUUCGUUCUUGCUUUAUAUUUGUUCUUUUUACAAUUCCUAAAAGCUGAGCUUAGAUCCUAAGGGGAGGAGAGUUACAUGUGUAUAUGGUACAUGGAUCUUGUUGUUAACACUAUUACGUGUGGGCUCCUGGCAUUUUCCAAAGCCUAGUUUUUUAUGCUUCUCAUGCAUAAAAAGAGACCUGUGUUCACCCAGAACAGUGACAGAGUAAUGGUUCUGUCCUGUACACUUCUCUAUUGAAGAAGAGUGGUGACGUUUUCCCCUUUGAUACCUUGCCAUGACCAUAUAUCUUAGCCUGGUGCAAAGUCACAAGGUCAGGGACUUGUUCCUUCCAAGUUCAGCUCUGCCUUGUCUCCAGCAGCAUGGACUCUGUCACCUGCCUUCUCACCAAGGGAGGACUGUGGGCAGAAUAUCUUUUGUACUGUAGCAAACAGGUAGGUUUGAUUUAACCUGUGGGACUCUUUGCAGAGGAGAUGCCCUAUUUACACACAGUGAUUUAACUGCAUCCUCCCUCAUGUCCCAACCUUUAAGAGAACACCUCAAAUUACACAGGGGCAUCACAGAGUUGGGGACGGGGGAGGGUUGGUGAAAAGUUGCCAAACUGUUGUAAUAUAUUUUGUCCAAUGUGUCAACUUGUGACUUUUUUUUUGGAAUGCCUUGGAUGGAUUUGCAAAAUGUUCGUUUGUGCCUCUCUUGAACUCUAAUCUUAGCCAAAUUGCUGUCACUGUUUCCUCUCCGUUAAGCCGUGCUAUUCCUAACCAAGGGCAUGUCCCUCCUAGUCUGGUAAAUGGAAUUUCCUAGGAAUUUGCUGCUGUGCAUUUUUCUCCCUUCAUCCCAGCUUUGUUCUCUGUAGCCAAAGCUACCUGGCACUUUGUUGUUUUGAGUCAAAUCCCAAACUGAUGCUACAUGCAGAGCUUCAGAGAUGUUGGAAUUCACAGACAUGGACAAGCUCAGAGCAGAUGAUUCUCAGUAAGGUGUCAGAAAAUUCCUCACCUGGUUUGUGGAGUUUGGUUCUUUUACGGAUAAAUUCAGCUACCUGUGGUCUCUUUACAGUGUUGAGAUGGAAAUAGGCAGGUUUCCUGUCUUAUCACUUAUUGCUGGCAGGGCCUAAGGGUAGAAAAAUGUUACCAAGGGUCUGACAACCAGUUCAGCAAACAAGGCAUGCAGCAAAGGCAUAGAGCAACACAUCUGCACUGGGCCUCUUUUGGCACAUGCUCUUGCCUGUCCUUUUCUAUCCUUGGCCAACGUACCACACCUCUGCUGGAGGCUUUGCUGCAUUCACAAGAAUGACCAGUCAAUUAUCUGUGCAAGUUUAGUCCUUGUAACAACAGACCAUGCCAAGUGUCUUUGAGUUCACAUUGUGUCAGUUAUAGGAUAUUGAAACACAGCUGGCUUGCCAUCAUGCUGGAGAACCCAGCUCUCCUUCCUUCCAUCUUCCCCAUUUAUAAUGUAGUGAGAUGGUAUUGGUGUGAUUAGACCAUACGCCUUGGCUGGGCCUAAAUAACACUGUGAUGUGUAUAGAUAUCUCUCCUCUGUUGGUAUCUUGUAGUCUCAAUCAUUGUCUGUGCUCUGAGCUGAGAAAUCAAGAAGUACAUGUAUGCAAGUUAACAGCCUGAAAAGCCCUCUGAUUUUCACAUUCAUUUGUGUUCUCUCCCUUCCUUGGAGAAGGGAGUUUCUGGGAACUGGUCAAGAAAUGUCAAACUGAAGGUGACAGGGACUGGUUGAGCUGCAUCUGUCCCAUCAGUGCUGGCUGAACACCUUGCUGUUCAAACUCACAGCAACACUAGCGAUCUCAGCUGAAGGGAGACAUUCUGUCCAGUACAGUUCAUGUAGGUAAAAGUGAUACCUUGUUCCAAAAUGCCAUGCCUGGUGAAGCCCACAGGAGAUUGCCUCAUGCAGAAGCAAUAGCAUCACUCUCCCUUCUGAGCCACACAGAGCCAAAAAAUAACACCAUUACCAGUUGAGCAGAACAGCUCUUUAACUCAUGCACAUGAAAGGCUAUCAAAGCUGCACCUCGGAUCUCCCCUCCAUACUGCUCUCUGCAGCAAGGGCUUGUCAGCGCAUUCAAGUCUUCUUGCUUCUGUUGCACAGUCCUUGAGAUCAACACAGUUGACAUAGGAAAACUAUGAAAUGGAAACCAGUCUGUUCCUGGAUGGUCCUAGUUCCCGGGUGAAAUUUAGGACCAGGCACAAAGACCACAAAGAUACAAUCCCAGUGGAGGAUUUCUCCUUCCCUGAUAGUGCUAGAUGACCUGUACCCCCAGACCAAGGGCCGCUCUCAGCAUGAUACACCAGCUGCAUCUCUUUUUGCUCAAGACAGAGCUUUUCCUUCUGUUACCUUUCACUCAGUCACAACUGUAUCAAAACGCAAUGAAGAGGGAAUUUGCCCCAUUCACUCAGAGAAGAAGGUAGCACGCUGUGAGUAGGGGGAGAGGUACUGGAUGUCCAAGAGUGCUUGUACCUCUUGGGAAAGUUCAUUUCAAAGCAUUAAUCCUGGGAGUGGAGAGUAUGACAUGUUUUUUGUUUUUUUUUUUUUAAGCUUUUCCAGUGGCCCAAGUUGUUCCAUUAUGGCAAGACUGGAAAUAACCUCUUACAGUGUCUUUGUUUCUGUACAUUUUUUAAAUAGAUUUUCUCAGGGGUGACUGAGUGGGCUGAGGCAGAGGGGGCAUGGGUCGCUGUGGGGCAGCAGGACGGAGCAGCUCCCCAGCCCUGCAGCUGGGCUGUGGGCUCCUCCCUGCAAGUUUGCCUGCAAACCCAGAGGUUUUGUAAAGUUCGUCACCUUUCAGUGCCCUUUGCUACUGUUUCUCUUUGUUAAUUAAAUGUGUUUGAAUAACAGUUGAGAUGCUGCAAUUAAUUUUUUUCCAAUAAAGAUUCUGAAAUGGGUUUGAAGCAUAUGAA